AAGGAGGAGCAAAAUAGAGAGCGAUUUCAUCAUUAUUUUUCACUUUCACUUUCUUAGCUAGCAAAUGCAGCUAUCUAGUUUAGCCCAGUCAAACACCCUGCUGAAACAGAGGGAUGCUAUAUUAGCUAGCUGACUAUGAUGAUCCAACUCAACACUGGAACUCUUCCAAGUCAAGGGAAGCUUUUGGUUUUACUCAUUUAUUGCCACCGGGGCUCGCCUGUUGACAGUAAGUUGACUGACUGUUCAAGACCUCUCCCCUUCACUUCACUCUACUGCAGGGAGGGAGAUGCAACAAUGGCCUUGAGAACAGCAGGAAGUGUGUUGGUGGUAUUUCUCUGGUCUGUGACAGUGGUACUGGGUCAGGAUGACUGGAGUGUGAGUUACACCACUCAGAGUAUCUGUACCUUCAAGGAGUCAACAGUGGAGCUGUCCAGCUCUUACACAUAUCCCAGUGGUUAUACAGUCACAACAACCUUCUGGUUCACUAAGUAUAAUGCUGAGGGUCCUGUUAGUCUGAGUGAUGACCCAGACUACAAAGGUCGUGUGACGUACAGUAAGAAUAAAGAGAAUGGUCACACCCUGACAAUCACAGACCUGAGAGAGAGUGACUCAGCUAGGUACAAGUUCAGAUUUACAGAUCAGACUGGGAAAUGGAGAUAUACUGGCGAACCUGGAGUCGCUCUGUCUGUCACAGGUCUUCAGGUGAAGUUGACUGUUGGAUUUUGGUAUAAUACACUGACCUGUAGCACCACCUGUACUCUGCCUGACAACCCCACCUACAUCUGGUACAAGAACGGACACAAAGAAAAGGAGGACACUUCUAGCUCGUACCCAGACUCCUUUAGUGAUGUAGACAGCUACUCCUGUGCUGUAAAAGGCCAUGAGGAUCUCCUCUCUCCUGCAGUGUGUCAGAAGUGUUGGAGUGUGACUUACACCCAUCAGAGUAUCUGUGCCUUGAAGGGGUCAACAGUGGACAUAUCCUGCUCUUACACAUAUCCCAGUGAUCAUGAGAUCAAAAAAGCUUUCUGGUUUACUAAAUGGUCUGAUAAGGAUGCUGAAGAUCUGAGCUCAGCGCCAGGGUAUGAGGGUCAUAUAGAGUACCUUGGGGAUAAGGAGAGUGACUGUACCCUGAGAAUCACAGACCUGAGGUUGAGUGACUCUGCUGGGUACAGGUUCAGAUUCAUAACAACCAGAGACAAGUUUGCUGGCUCACCUGCCUCCCUGACUGUCACAGUUCUACAGGUAAAGAUGAGAACUUCAAUGUUUUCAAGCUGGGUGACUCUGACCUGUAGUACCACCUGUACUCUGACUGACAACCCCACCUACAUCUGGUAUAGGAAUGGACACAAAGUAAAGGAGGACACUUCCAGCCAGUACUCAGACUACCUUAGAAAUGCAGACAGUUACUCCUGUGCUGUAAAAGGCCAUGAGAAUCUCCACUCUCCUGCAGUGUGUGUCCGUGGUCAGAACUGUUGGAGUGUGACUUACCCCCAUGAGGGAGUCUGUGCCUUGAAGGGGUCAACAUUGGAUAUAUCCUCCACGUAUGACAGUGGUGAUGCUACGAUCACAUCAUCACACUGGUUUAGUUCUAAACAGAGUUCCAGCUGGAAGGAUGAGUUGGUCCCUGAGGACCUAACCACAGACCCAGGGUACGCAGGUCGUGUGGAGUAUGUUGGAGAGAAGGAGAGCGGUCGUUCCACCCUGAGAAUCACAGAUCUGAGAGAGGAGGACUCUGCUGAAUACAAGUUCAUAUUCAACACACAAACCUCAGGAUGGGGGUACAGCUUCCCUGGAACAACUCUGACUGUCACAGGUCUUCAGGUGCGGAUUAAGGAUCCAACCAACAUCAUAGAGGGAACGUGUCUUCGUCUGUUCUGUGAGUCCAUAUGCUUUCUGCAGGACAACCCUUCUUACAUCUGGUACAAGAACGGACAACGUCUGUUCAGUCACGAGACCAAGUACCUGAUCCUAGACCCAGUCAGCAGUGAGGAUGCAGGCAGAUACUCCUGUGCUGUAAACGGCCAGGAGGAUCUCGCCUCUGCUGAAAAGACUCUCACUGUCAGAUAUGGCCCAAAGAACACCUCGGUGUCAGUCAGUCCCUCUGGUGAAAUAGUGGAGGGCAGUUCAGUAACUCUGACCUGCAGCAGUGAUGCCAACCCACCUGUGUACAAGGGGCGUGUCAGUCCCUUCGGUGAACUAGUGGAGAGCAGUUCAGUGACUCUGACCUGCAGCAGUGAUGCCAACCCUCCUGUGGACAAAUACACCUGGUACAAGAAGAACGUAACCUCACCAAAAGCAUCAGGACAGAGUUACAGCAUCACUAACAUCAUCUCUGAGGACAGAGGAGAAUAUUACUGUGAGGCUGAGAAUAAAUAUGGACGUCUCAACUCUUCUUCUGUGUUUGUGAACGUUCAGUUGUUUCUCUGGUUUCCUGUGGUGGGGGUGGGGGCUGUCCUGACUGCUGGAGCUCUUCUAGUCAACAUCUACUGCACUCUGAAGAGGAGAUCCACAGGAGGAAGUGAUGCCACAGCAGACACAGAGUGUCCAUCCUAAUCCUAACAGUGAUACGAACACAUCUCUGAACAUGAAGACCAGGUCACCAGAGUAUGACACCCUGGCAAAUGUAAGGGACUUCGCAGUGACCUUCGCAGUGACACAGCCCCUCAGAUAGAUACUGAGCUCUCCGAUUAUGAGAAAUGAAGAGACCCACCACAGAACCUGGACUGAAGAGACCCACCACAGAACUUGGACUGAAGAGACCCACCACAGAACCUGGACUGAAGAGAACCACCACAGAACUUGGACUGAAGAGACCCACCACAGAACCUGGACUGAAGAGAACCACCACAGAACCUGGAAUGAAGACAAACAGCAUCAAACCAAAGCUAGGCCUCACAAUGCUAUUCUCUUACUAUGAUAUUGCUUUUUAAUCUAGAAGGUUUGAGACAAUGAUCUUUAACUUCUGAGUGAAUGCUGGAAUUUAGAUUGUUCUCCUAAUGAUAAAUACAGUAUGUGUCUAGAUGAUAAAUACAGUAUGUAUAU